AUGCGUGUUUUUCGAAAACGGAAGAAAUUUGGUAAUUUUGGUGGACCACCAAGGGAUGCAGAACCUCUACCGGAUAUCGUAUAUCAAAUGGGUGCUGAACAAGCAGCACGAUAUGUACAAUUACGAGCAAGAUCAACAAGUCCUUAUGCUGGAACUGUUGGUCCCCACAAUCAUAAUUCACCAUAUAUAGUAGGCGAGGAAGAGGGUUAUGAAGGAGAGGAAGCUGAAGGAGGUCGUUCAUCUCCAUUAAAUUUCAUAGCUAAUGCAUUGGGUCUAAAUCGAUCAAGAUCUCGUGCAAAAAAGGAUGAUAAAGCAAGGGAGAAUUUUGAUGAACCUCCACCUGGCACUCCAGUUAGAUAUCGUCGACGACCACAAUCACCUGAAAUGUUUGGAUCUCGACCAGGUUCACCAGCAUAUUUCGCACAGGCAGAAGGAAGGGGAUCACCUGUUCAUUUUGGCUCUCAUUCACGACCAGGUUCUCCUGAAACUUUACGUCGUCUUCAACGUGCACAAUACUCACAAGAAAUGCAGCGAAUCGAACGACAACAAAGACGUCAACAGGAAAUGAUGAUGAAUAAUCAAGGUCAAUAUUCUGCAUACCCUCAACAAUCAUUUUAUCCUUUAAUGAAUUCUAAUGUGAAUAAUCAGGCAUUUUCUAUGAUGCAACACCCUCAAAUGUACCAACCGUACUAUUAA